AUCUCGAUUUUGUUGUGGAUGACUAUGGAGUAGGCAAUGGGGAACGCGGCCUCCUCCUCACUCAGCGGGAACUCCAGGAAGCGCCGGGUCUCCUUGAAGCUGCUGCAGUCCCUUGUCAUGUUCAGGUCUGGAUGUAUCAAGAAACCAAACACAGACCAUGCAUCAGGACUGAGAACCAGUAAUGAAUUUGAAAAUAAACUGUAACUCUUUAAUCACAUUUUUACAUGAAGACAGCUGUACUUCUUUGUUAAAAGCCAACAAUAGGAUCAGCUUGAAUCCUUCAUUCCCAAAUCUGUCUCCCCAGGGACAGCUCAGGGAGCUGGGAAAACAAGGGUUGUGUUACAGGUUCAAUGCCCCACUGUUUUUGGACCUCUGCGGAAAUCUUACUGGAGGUGAAGAAUUUUUGCUUUCAUCCAAGGAAAAAUAGCUGAAUUGUAUGGAAUAACAGUGUUUCAUGCUUCUCAGGCUACAAACAAUGUGCUAAUAAUUCUCAGAGGAGUACGGAUAGCAAUCCUAGAGCCAGAAAAACCAAGUUCAGGAAAGGCAAAGUACACGAUCUCACAUCAUGCUCCUCCUGGAAUCACUAGCUUUUUGCAAGCUCAGAAUGGAGAGGGUGAAUAGAAGAAUAUCCCAAGUUGGAAGGGACCCUCGAGGAUCAUCGAGUCCAACUCAUGGUAGAACUGAAAUUAAAGAGGACAGUAUACAUCGUAUAUGGCUACCAUAUGUGUUGGUUUCUCAUGAUAAAUAGCUUUGUGCUGGAAGGCAGUGAGAGAUAGUAUCAGAGAAGGAAGGAAGGACGUGAGAAGGCUGAGAACCCCCCCAAAAAGACCAGGGGUCUGGGUGAGACUUGAUGGAUUUAUGCAGCCAAUGUUUAUAAUGGAUAUAGGUAGUAAGCAACUGAAGUAGGGGGUUGAUACCUUACUGACUGAGGUUUUUUAUUUUUAUUUUAUAAACUCUGGACAGAUUGCACUAACUCUGACAGAGAUCUUUUUUGUCUGUCAGUACCAGCAGCAAAAUGUAUUAGAGGUCAUGAUAAUGCACUUGAGUCUCUGUCCUUAUUUCAACUGCCUGAAAUGUUUAUAGUAGAUAAUGGUAUUGACAUAUGUACAUUUAAAUACUAAUGUUUCGAAGUUUUAAGGUAAGAACUUCUUAAGAAUCGGGAGCAGGCCUGCACUUAAAUUCCAUGUCGUCUUUACACAGCCUGGUAAUGUAUUUCUUCUUGUUCAAAUUAUUUAACCUCAGUGUAAUUGCUGCAUUUAUAAAAUGGGAAUUACAGGACUCUGUGGGAUACAGUCUGCAUACAUAUGGUUGCUGUUACUUUUGCAGUACUGUGGGAAAGCAAAAUGCUGCACUAUAAAAAAGUCCUGCUGAGAAAAAGCAACCUGGAGACUCAUUCAGCUACAUCCUACAAGGGGAAACAAGUAUCUCUCCUUUUCUCUGAAACUCUGCAUUUUGAGACCUGAGGAUAUGUAGGCAAGAUGAAACUACUGUGCCUUGAAGCAGAGAACAAAGCAAGGCACGUGACACUCCAGAGCUUUGAAAUCAGAAGUAAAAUCAGCUGGACAGUUGCCUCCUGCCUUCCUAAAUAGGUAAACAUACCAAAAACAGAAACAGAGGCUUGUCUACCUCAUUCCUGAAGAAAGUGGGAAUACUGGUGUGGUUGCCUGCAUCAUUUGCUUGACCAAAAUGAGAUAAGGCAUGCAGGAAAGAAGGGUAUUUUGGCAAGUAGAAGCUACCAUGAUUUCUCAGGGGACACAAUUUUGCUUAUUCAUACCUUCUACUGUGGCAAAAAUGGAUUAUUUUCCUCACCAAAAACCAGCAGCAUAACACCCAUCCAACACUUGCCUCAAGGAAAUCUUAUUUAAAGUCUGUUCAAAUUUAUUUCUCUGUAGCUGUGUUACAAGCAAGCGCCAGUAUCAUCUGUUCCUGGUAGGAAACCUCCAUGCUCAUCUGUACCCUUGGCACCUGGCAAAGUUGCAGCUGAGGAGGAAUCCUGUGAGGAGGAAUCAACAGAAAAGAUCUAAUUCAUGUUUAAAGAUGGAUGCCUUCUAGCCAACCGGCGAGUCCUGCUGCUGCUGCGUGCCUGGCAGCAUCCCUGGAUGAUCACAUGACUCUUGAUAUGGAUGCAGUCCUGUCAGACUUUGUUCGGUCCACAGGGGCAGAACCGGGUCUGGCAAGAGACUUACUGGAAGGCAAAAACUGGGACCUGACAGCUGCUUUGAGUGACUAUGAGCAGCUCCGGCAGGUGCACACCGCCAACCUGCCACAGGUGUUUAACGAGGGCAAGCACUGCAAGCAGCCAGAGCCAGAGCAGCCCCCUCAGGUGACAAAGGCUGAGCGGCCCUGCCUGCAGAGGCAGGAUGACAUUGCUCAAGAGAAGCGGCUUUCCAGAGGCAUUUCUCACGCCAGCUCAGCCAUAGUCUCUCUUGCUCGAUCACAUGUAGCAAACGAGUGCAGCAAUGAACAGUUCCCUUUGGAGAUGCCCAUCUACACAUUCCAGCUACCAGACCUUAGCGUGUACAGUGAAGAUUUCAGAAGCUUCAUUGAACGUGACUUAAUUGAGCAGGCUACAAUGGUUGCUUUGGAGCAAGCAGGGCGAUUAAAUUGGUGGUCCACAGUGUGUACAAGCUGUAAACGUCUUCUUCCCUUGGCGACAACAGGUGAUGGGAACUGCCUCUUGCAUGCUGCCUCUUUAGGGAUGUGGGGAUUUCAUGACCGGGACCUUGUUUUACGGAAAGCACUCUACACUAUGAUGAGAAGUGGAGCUGAAAGGGAAGCACUGAAAAGAAGAUGGAGAUGGCAACAGACCCAGCAAAAUAAGGAGUCAGGUUUAGUGUAUACAGAAGAAGAAUGGGAACGGGAGUGGAAUGAACUGCUUAAGCUGGCAUCAAGUGAGCCUCGCACACAUUUCAGCAAAAAUGGAGGCACCGGUGGUGGAGUUGAUAACUCAGAAGAUCCAGUAUAUGAGAGCUUAGAAGAGUUCCACGUUUUUGUCUUAGCCCAUAUUUUAAGAAGACCUAUUGUUGUAGUAGCAGACACAAUGUUACGAGACUCAGGGGGAGAAGCAUUUGCACCUAUACCAUUUGGAGGAAUUUAUUUGCCACUUGAAGUUCUACCUAACAGAUGUCAUUGCUCACCCCUUGUUCUAGCCUACGAUCAGGCACAUUUCUCUGCCCUUGUUUCCAUGGAACAAAAAGAUCAACAGAGAGAACAAGCGGUGAUCCCCCUGACUGACUCUGAACACAAGCUACUGCCUUUGCACUUUGCGGUUGAUCCUGGGAAAGACUGGGAGUGGGGAAAAGAUGACAAUGAUAACACCAGACUGGCCAAUUUGAUUCUGUCUCUCGAGGCAAAGCUUAAUCUUCUGCACAGCUAUAUGAAUGUAACAUGGAUACGCAUACCAUCUGAGACACGGCAGGCCCCUUUGGCUCAACCAGAAUCCCCUACAGCUUCAGCUGGGGAAGAUGUUCAGUCUCUGGCUGACUCAAUGGACUCGGACCGGGAUUCCAUCUGUAGUAAUUCCAACGGCAAUAAUGGCAAAAACAGUAAAGAAAAAGAAAAGGACAAACAGAGGAAAGAUAAAGACAAAAACAGGACGGAUUCAGUUGCCAAUAAAAUUGGAAGCCUCAGUAAAAGCCUGGGAAUUAAACUGAAAAAGAAUAUGGGUGGUCUCGGAGGCCUGGUGCAUGGCAAAAUGAGCAGGGCAAAUUCAGGAAAUGGGAAAAAUGGUGACACUGUAGAGAAAGUCAAAGAGAAGAAGUCUAAGUCUCGAAAAGGGAGCAAAGAGGAAUCUGGGCAGUCUGCAAGCACUUCUCCGUCUGAAAAGACCACUCCAUCUCCUACUGACAGAGCUAGCAACUCACCCAUUGAGAAGAUGAACACUAAAUCUUUCUCCGACAAGCAGUCUGACCCAUGGAAGUACAGCACUGAUGUGAAACUCAGCCUCAAUAUUUUGAGAGCUGCCAUGCAGGGUGAACGCAAGUUUAUUUUUGCUGGCCUUCUUUUGACCAGCCAUAGGCAUCAGUUCCACGAGGAGAUGAUAGGUUAUUACCUGACCAGCGCACAGGAGCGUUUCAAUGCAGAGCAGGAACAGAAAAGAAAGGAUGCUGAGAAAAAGGCUGCACUGAAUGGGUCCUCUACCAAGAAACUGGAGCCAGAAGCGUAUUCAAAAGAGAAGUUAGAAGCAUCUCCUCAGGAUAGGGCAUCACCUGUCUUGCCUCAAAGCCAUACAACUCAACUGGUUUUAAAAUUUAAAGAUCGCACUAGUCCCACGCCUGGGUCAUUUUCUUCACCUAGUAACGGUGCUAAGAGAAGCGGCCCCAUCCCAGUCUCUGCCCACUAUAGCCAUACACCACCUGUUCAAAGGCAAAGUGUCAUCCAUCUGCAUGAUGUCAACUCCAAGCCAUCGAGCUUCCAAGAUGAUACCUACAAGCCAGUUGUCGGCACCUUAAAAACCUGUGCCACGUACCCCCAGCAGAACAGAUCCCUGUCUUCUCAGAGCUACAGCCCAGCCCGGAUAUCUGGAAUCCGUACGGUGAACACAGUGGAAUCGCUGAGCUAUGCCAUGCCUACUGAACACAAGUCUCAGACAUACACAAAUGGAUUCAAUACCGGCGAUAUUAGAGACUGCUUAGAAUAUGCUGAUGAGGAUGCUCCUCAGACCUGGUUGAACAAUGAUAAAAAUCAAGGCAGAAGCACAGUUUGCCCAAUAUAUCCCAUCCAGCAGAACCGCUGUAAGAAGGAUAACUGUUCCUUUUAUGGUCGUCCUGAGACUGAAAAUUACUGUUCAUACUGCUACAAAGAAGAGUUGAAGCGCAGGGAGAGAGAAAGCAAGGGACACAGGCAUUGAGGAUUCUUCUGUGACUAUUUAGUUUUAUCAUUUUCUUACUUACAAAGUAAACAGUGUUGAAUUGCAGUAAAAGGAAUCCUUACAAAAAGAAUAAAGGAUUGAUGAGUAAAUUAGUGUCUAGCUUUUCGCUUUUCCGGGGCAAUGAGGAAAUAAUAGGAUUAAUUUAUCAUAAAAAAUAUAUAUAUUAUUUUCCAUUU